AUGACCACCAGCAUCGCCAACCGCGUACGCAUCUCGGCCAUCGUACAGCAGGCCAACGCGGAAUCGGCCCGGCAGGACGGCGACGGAAACAUGCUGUGGCAGUCAACCUGGAGCAUGGUAGCGUCCAUCAACUCGCGCCUUGCCUCCACCUCGGCCCCGUCGGCCCCCGACCCAGCCCUGCUGGACCACGACAUGCACGACCUGUGGCACACGUACUGGCACGGCGCUAUUAACACGGCCCCCAACAGCUCCAAGCUGGAUCGGCUCGCCCUCGGCAUCGUUCAAGCGCGGGAGCAGGGCGUCUGCAACCUCAAGUUGGUGCAUGCAACCGAGCCAGGCUCCGAGUCCUCCCUGGACGAGAGCCAACACGAACUAGUAACACUCCCGCGAGUCCCGGCUACGACAUCAGACGGCGCCCGCAUCUGGACUGACCUGCCCUUCCUGGCGCAGGACAUGACGACCCACUGGACCAGCGACUGCGCGGCCAUGAGUUCGGCCCAGCGGCUCAGCGGCGCCCAGUUCCUUGCCAUGCUGGCCGCAGCUGGCGCCGCACCCGACGACGCCCUGUGCGGCAUCGCCCUCGUCGUCCUCCGCGAGGCCUUGGAGACGCCCCGUCCGCUGGCUGCCGUGGCGGACCAGCCGGAUCCGGGGCGGCAGAUGCGGGAUCUCGGCGUCGCCGACCUCCUGCCUGCUGCCAACGCGUGGCUGUUCACAGCGGGGAGGAAGCUGGUGCAGCUUUCGGAUGCCGAGCGGGGGGACCAGUUUCCUGACGAGGUGGGGAGGCUGGGGGAGCUGAUCGUUGCCGUAGAUGCUGCUUCUUCAGGAGGAGGAGGAGGAGGACGAGGACUGAUUGGAGCUGGAGAGGUUCCUCCGCGGCAUGGAGGAUUCAGCCUUCAACGGUGGAUGUGGUGGCUGCGCCGCCUCGAGCAGAUCGUCUCCGUCGCAACGGGGGAUGACGGCAUCAGCCAAGGGGAGGAGAGUGGACUGAGUUUCGAGUCGUUGGUGCAGGGCAUGAUGGACAACAUGCUCCUCAUCGCCAAACAGACGAGCGGAUCGAUUGCGGAGGCGCUGCGACGGUCAGCCGGACGUAUCAGCCAUCAGCCUGUCAUGCAGCUUCUUGGGCCUGACCGAGCUGGCGUCCCCGGAACCGUCGGAAUGGGUAGCUGGUCGUGA